AUGUUCAAUUGGGCAAAGCAACAGCUGGCCAACGUCGCCGGCACCCAAGAGCCCAUCUAUGGCCCCUCUGCCAUCAAGUCGGUCGCCCAAGAGGCACAGACGACGCCCCACACCGAGAUCGCCCGGGAUGACCUCAAGUGGAGGGCCAUGGACUCGACUUGCGUCGAGACGGAGAGCUUCUACCUCUUCUCGAAUCGCGGCGACAUCGCUCUUGCCCAGGUCAUCUAUAGCAGCGUUGCCGGCAUCCGAACGACGAGCCAGUUUAACUGCAAGGUCUUCUCCAGAGACCCGGCCAAGCCCCAUCUCUGGUGCUCCACGCCCCUCAGCAACGUCGAGUUCAGCGAGGACAAGGCGUCCUUUUACGCAAACGAUUGCGCCGUCGAGCUUUCCCCGGACGGAAACUCGUACACCAUCAAGAGCAUGACCGACGAGAGGGCCAUUGUCAAUCUCAAGGUGACCAAGACAGCACCCGGGUUCCAAGCUGGCCAGUCCGGCACCACCAAGUUUGGGACCGACCUGGAGAAUCCCUGGGGUGUAAUGCGACACGCCUUUUGGCCGCGGUGCGCCGUCGAGGGCACCAUCACCACAAAGGACGGCCCCAUUGACUUCGCUGGCACCGCGCUCUAUGCCUACGCCCUGCAGGGUAUGAAGCCUCACCACGCUGCCGCCCGGUGGAACUUUGUCGCCUUUCAAGGCCCCAACUACUCGGCCGUCAUGAUGGAGUUUACCACUCCUCCCUCGUACGGCUCUACCGUGGUCAACGUCGGCGGCAUCUUGAAAGAAGGCCAGAUCAUCACGGCCGGUUGCGACAACCAGGCCACUCAUACCACCGUCAAGGGCGAUCCGGACAAUGAAUGGCCGGAGCCAAGUCAUGUCAAGUUUUCCUGGCAAGGCAAAUACAAGGACGGCAAGUCCGUCGACGCCGUAAUUGAGACGCCUCUAGGGGAUCGCGUCGACAGGGUCGACGUCAUGGCCGAGGUGCCGGCGUUUAUCAAGAAGAUUGUGGCCGGUGCAGCGGGAACGAAGCCUUACAUCUACCAGUAUGCCCCCAAAGUCACCCUGAAGCUCAAGAUUGGGAACGAGGAGGUUUCCGAAGAGGGCCAGCUCCUCACCGAAGCCACGUUCAUCUCGGGGUGA